AUGAAAAUGUCAGAAGAUGAUACUAAUAUGGAAGAAUACCCCACUGAAAUCCAUGAUUAUCUUGCAGCAUUUGAAAAAUCUCUUGGUUCUGUAGAUGAGAUGCUGAAGACAAUGAUGUCAGUUUCCAGGAGUGAGCUUCUCCAAAAGUUAGAGCCUCUUGAGCAAGCAAAGCUGGAUUUGGUUUCAGUGUACACGUUAAAUUCAAUGUUCUGGGUGUACUUGGCUACUCAGGGAAUCAAUCCAAAGGAACAUCCAGUGAAACAAGAACUG